GAGUGUGAUUCUAAAUUUUUAAGGUAUAGUCUAAAUGUCAAAGUCACAAUUGUCAUUGUCAUUGUCAAUCAUAUUGCAAAUUUGAUAGCAAUUUAGGCAAGAUGUUUUGCAAUGCUUUUCUUUAUCGCGUUCGAGUUUAAAAACAAUAAUAUCAAUAAACUGUGAAUAAGUGAAGGUUAUUAGUAAACUCUAGUUGUAUAUUGUUCAAAAUUAAGCAUUGUCGUUCCGUAUAUAUUAUAUCAUUCGGCUUAAGUGAAAACAAUUCGAGAUGACGUCUGUCAAAUCGGAUGAAAAUGAGUGUAAUUUAUGACAUGUGUAUGACUUCAAAAAUUAAUAUGUAAUUUAAUAAACCCUUUACAACAUUGUGAUAACAAUACAAAAGUAGCAAGUCAUGGGCGCUAAACCAAGCACCGCAAACGGCACCCAAAGCCCCCGCACAAGGGCUUUUUCAACAAGUAGCAGUUCUGAAGUGGUCGCAGCGCCCGGUUUUCGGUUCAUGCGAGCCCUAGGAAAUGAAUUGUCUAACGACAGACAACGAGCUCGAUCUCUCUCCAGUGUUCCGGAUUUGCAUGCCAGUCAUGAGACUCUUUCAAUGCCUACAAAUGGGGCUAGCUUUGACGUUUCUACCGGAGCUAGCCCCGAGACUGAUAGCAGCUCUGCGGAAGAGGCUGGUAGUGUUUUAGGGUCAGCAGCUGCUAAUUUAGCUUUAGGAAGGGUCUAUGCCGCUCAUUCUUUGCCUUCACACAUUUGGUCUCUGAAUGGAAUUAAAUGUCCAGUAUGCAGUAAAUUUGUGAUUCCUGAUGAUAUAGAAUGUCAUUUGGUGAUGUGCCUAACUAAACCUCGGCUAUCGUACAACGAAGAUGUACUGACUGAUGAUAAAGGAGAAUGUGUCAUAUGUUUAGAAGAUUUAAGUCAAGGUGACAUAAUCGCUCGCCUUCCUUGCCUUUGUAUAUAUCAUAAGACGUGUAUAGAUCAAUGGUUCGAAGUAAAUAGAUCCUGUCCCGAACAUCCAGGCGAUUAGCAUUAUGACUAAAAUGAAGAUCUUACUACCUGUAAAUAUGUAAAUAUUUUAUUGACUUGAGUUUAUUGGAAAAAAAAUCAUUUUUAUAAAAAUGGCGUUGUGUGAAGCGUAGAUUAAAGAAAAAUCAUGAAUCCGAAUCGACGGUUACCAAAUAUGUAUUGGUUAAAAAAUUGACAACAAAAUUAUCGAUUAAAAUAGAUGGUUCGAGAUGGAAAAAUAUUGACGACUCGAUGUCCUUGUCUAGUCUAGUGAAACACGAGUUAAGACUACCCGUUAAUGAGAAGGAGGCGAAUAGGGAAAAAAUGGCUGUACACUUCCAGAAACUAAAGAAUUUCUAAAGAGAGUGUAUUAUAAAUGAACAAAAAUUUGCAAUCAUAUUUUUUGUUUUUCAUCCUUAUCUAGAAUACUGAUAUGAAAGUGCUGGCACUUCUUGCUACAUAUGAGUACAGUUCUUUACUUAUUACGUACUGUUAACAUUAUUUUUAUUUAUUAUAGUGGAUGCUCAAUAAGUUACCUGAAAAAUUGUAGCCUUAAACUUUUAUCAUAUCAAAUUUAUGAAAAAAAUGUGAGAAAUUCUUUGGUUGCUAGAAGGUUAAAUGUAUCAAUGAGAGUUUUUGGAAAAAUGGGACCACGCCUUUAAAAUAUUGAAACCAGUAAAAACGCUUUAAACAUAAUACCGUGGUUUUAUUUUUGCAAAAUAUUAAAGGGAAAAUGCUGUUAAAAUAGGUAAAAUGACCACCACUGUUGCAAAGUUUCGUAUAAUGUGUUGAUUUUUCUAUAAUCCUCAGGGUAGCGUACUUGGCCCUUUCCUUUAUCUAAUUUUUACUGCAGACCUUCCACAAACCGACAAUAUUAUAACAUCUACAUUUGUAGAUGAUACUGCAAUAAUAACCUCAGACGUGGACCCGACGAGAGUAUCUAAGAAGCUGCAAUACCACCUGGAUAUCCUUUCUAGAUAUCUACAUAAAUGGAAAAUAAGUGUUAAUACCGAUAAAUCCGCCCAAAUAACAUUUACGACAAGAAAAAGCAGAUGACCUCAAGUUACCGUAAAUAACAACACUGUUCCCAUAAAAACUGUGGUAAAAUACCUUAGACUCCACUUAGAUGAGAAACUGACAUGGAAGACACACAUAAAAGUAAAUAGAAGCCAACUUAAUCUAAACUGUAUCUGUCCAAACUAUCACUUGAAAACAAACUGACCAUCUACAAAUAUAUACUAAAGCCAAUUUGGACACAUGGGAUUGAGCUCUAGGAAUGUACCAAACCAUCAAAUAAAAAAAAAUUAAGGUCAUUUCAGUCCAAGCCACUUCGGAUGAUAUCUGGAGCAAUUUGGUAUGUAACAAAUCUAACCUUACAUGACGAUCUAAUAGUCCCAUUAAUAUAAGAUGAAAUAUCCUCUAGACUAAAUAAUUACAAAGAACGAACAUCAGAUCAUGACAAUCUGUUCAUAAGAAACCUAUUCGAUCAGACCUCAGAAUAUAGAAGAUUGCAACGAAUCUGACCAGAAUACCUACUUGAGUAACUGUGCAGAGCCAUUGCUGAAUGGUACUCGGCACAUGCAUACUACAAAAUAUAGACUAUUUACUUAUUACUCUAAAUGUUAGUGUGGAAUAGAUUGAAAGAUCAGGUACUUUUGGGGACGAACCUUGUUAAAAGUGAAGGACACGCGCCAACUCGCAAUUUUUAAUGACAAACAUUUUCAAAUUAAAAUGUAUACCGGCCAAUUCGGAACUUUUCUACUACCUGAACCUGCCAACUCGAAACCUUCUACAGGUGAAUUCGAAACCAUGGAUUAAAUCUAAUACCUCAGGUAGUUAGGUUAAAACGUAAGAAAUAAAUCUAAACAGUAACGGAUUAAGCCAACCCGUGGCCUAUCGCAAAUGUAUACCUUUCAUUAAUGUUUAUUGAUGAACAAAGCUCCAAUUAUAUUUUACUUCAACUCAUUUUAAAGCUACAUAUUUCAAUAAACUAAUCGGUUCUUUUUUCAGUUUGUUUGGUAAAAUGUUGUAACUUAUAGACGAAAAUUCUUAAAAUCGGCUAUUUUUCAUUUAAAUUGUCAAUAAAUAAAUAAAUUGAGAAAAAAUUGGUCAGAUUUACAUAAAUUUUGUUAUUCUAUCCAUAUAGAAAUUAAAACAAUUGUUGCAAGUAGUAGUUACACUGAGUGUCAUAGAAACCGUGUAUUUUUACUCAUCUCUUUGGACUAGUUCACGUAAUAUCGAGAUAGAAGUGUUAUUUUUACAUGUUAUUAACGUUUAACUGACUUAAUUUAUAGUUUUAUAAGCAACAAUUAAGUAUAGCAAGAUUUAUAAAACCUUGUUUAAAUUGUUUUACAUGCACUAUAAUGCACUAGACAAAAAAUAGUAAAAAUGUGCAUUUUUGACAUCAAAUUGUUGAUAACCAACAUAAAUGUUUGUUGCUACUAAAAAUAUUAAAAAAAACUUACCGUCAGUAUAACAGGUUACCUUGCAACCAGAUGCAGAACAGUACCAUAAAUGUUUUCCACUUUUUAUCACUUUAUUUAAGUUAAAUUUAAAAUUAUUUACCACCAAUAACUUACACCCACGUUCACUCAUUACUAAAUCUGUUACAAGAAUUUCAGCCAUUUUCACAAAAUUUAUUUGGAUUUUCUCUAAUAACUCUUCCAAGAGACAAUACAUAAAUGAUGAAUACAUUUUACACCACCUUCAAAGAGGUACAGGUACAUACCUGGAAUAUCGGUAUUAGAUUACAAUUACUUAAAAAAUGAAAGUUAUAAAUUCACCGGUAGUUAGUAGGUUAUCGAAAAAUUAUCUGCGCGUCAGAGUUGCCAGUUGACCUGUAAUUAGGAUGGGGGAUUAAAAUAGUUACAAAUUCACCGGGACCCAAAGUUAAUACUUUGGUAUAACUCCAAAUCAAUCCAAUAUACGAAACUGAGCAACAGUAACCGCUAAGACAAAACGAGAAUUUGUUUUCAUAAUUAUCCCAAUAUUCGUUUCGAAAAAUAUAUUUUUGAUACUAUUGUAUGGCUGCUGUUUAAUUAUUUUUUGGUUUAGAUAUUUUUUAACGUUUUUGUACGGCAUCGAUGUUUGUAAUCUUAGGUCAUACGUAUUAGCUAAUUCACUUAUAAUAAAAAAAUAUAAUUUAGGAUUUAAGUCAUCACAUUUUAUAGACUGAAGUUGUGAUCGGGUGUAAAAAAGAAAAAUCAAUAUGUGGAGGUUGGUUUUUUUGUACAAGGUGUUGUAUCCUAAACAGUAACAACAGAAGCUUUUGUUUAUUCUUCAGAUGAUAUUUUGUUCUUACAAUGUAAUGAAGCACGUAAGUUAUUAUUGUUAUUUCUUUAUUAGUAGGUAAUCAAAACUAGAAGUUGUACAAUCUAAUGUGUACGCUUACAUCAAGUGUCUACUCAUUGGCAUGAUGAAGUCGUAUCUAGAACCAGUCAUACAUCGCAACCAUUGGGUAGAUCUGUCAUAUCAGCAGUUUUCUUACGGCUUAUAUCAGUUCAUUUUAAAGUAUGAGGUAAUUAGUAGAACAAACUUGAUUUAAUUAGCAAUGCUAGGGCCCCUGUAGAGCCCAGGCAUAUUGAACCGCGCUCUUUUAAUCGUCUCGGUUCAUAAUUUUAUAUUUAGGCUCCGGAGGUCAUUUUCCACGUCAUUCAGACAUCUAAUUACUCGAUUCCGCAGAUGUCUUCCGCUGGUAUUUAUUGAUAUAUGCUUCUUGCACAUCUUUCUUCAUGUACUUCAGAUCUACCAACCAUCCAGCUCUUUUUACCUCUGUGACAAGUCUUGCCUUUCCAUAAAGUUGGUUAACUUCGCCAGUAGUACAUAUUCACCAAUCACAAAAAGCAUCAUGAAUUCGUCAGACAAUUUUGGUUUCAUCACAAGCUUUGGUUCAUCUCGUUUUACUGGCAUACAAGACAACUGGCCUUAGAUUAUAUAUCAUCAUCAAUGGCGUUACAACUCUUCGUGAGUUUUUCCGCGUUUAUUAUUGCCUGCCAUGUUUGUCGGUCGUGUGCCACUAUUUCCCAUUGUCUCACUCCCAUUUUCUCCAGAUCUUCUCUGACUGCAUCUUUCCACCUUUUUCUAGACCGUCCUACAGACCUUCUCCCGUAUGGUCUUUCCCAAAAUACAUAGAUUCUGUACAAUUCUUUUUCUUUCCAGUUGAAUGAACGUGAGGUGGUAACAAAAUAGUUUCUGUUAUCAGGUUCGAGAUGUUAUGCCAUCUCGUUAUUUUAGCUUAUAGCGUGCUUAUGUCGUCAGCAUAGGCAAGGAGUUAUGUAGAAUGUAGAUAUUUCGUGGUAAAUCAGAAAGAAGCAGCAGUUAAAAGAAGACCUAACUUGUUUUAAAUACAUAAUCACAUUUUGUCACUGACUGGUUCAUGUAUAUUUUCCGUUUUCAACUGUUUUAUGCAACACCUUAUACAACACAACAACGUCUUUUAAUGAGUUAUUGCUUAUUAGAAUUUGUGGAAUCAUAAGAAAAUGUUCGAAAAGUUUCUUAUAGUACAGAAAGAUCUAGAAUAUUAAUAUUGUUAAUAUUAACACGAUCAACAUUAAAUUUUGGGUCUAUAAUGCAUUCACAGUAAAAGAAGAGCGCUACUAAACAAAUAUUUGUGGACAAGUCGACUCACAUACUCAUUAUAUAUUAAUCCACUCACCCCCUCUUAUCUCCACUACUAAUUUACGAUCCUUCAGGAAAUGAAUAUACUGCUCGAAAGAUUAUCCCGUAUAAAAAUUUAAAUAUUGUAGGGCAUAUACAGGGUGUUUCAUUAACAAUUGUCCAUAUAGUAACUGGAGAAACCUUAGCACAAAACACUUAAAUAAAAUAUUCCUCCUUACCGAGAUACAGAGUGUUUUAUUACAAAUAUUCUAAAAUGAUUUUAACCCAUUGUUCAAGCACCUUUUAAUAUUGUGUGUUUAAACGUGACACACAGUUUACACAUAUUAGGGUACUUUAACUAGUCUUAAAAGAUAGUUUUCCGCUGUUACUAUAGGCGUGCUGUAGAGGUAUUUUCAAGUUAUUUACGUUUAAAGAUAAUGGAUUCCAUAAGACUAUGUACUUUAAUCUACAUUCAAUAAUAUGUGUUUAAAAUACAUAAUCUUAUUGAAUACAUUAUAUUAAAACGCAAAUAACUUGAAAACUACUUACUUUAUUUUCGCCUCUUUUUCCCCCUCACAAACUACGCCACUGUCGUAAUAAUCAUUUCAGCAUGUUUUUUGAUUCCUUGUUACUUUUUACAUAAAUAUCAUCCGUUUGUCUUAUUGCGAUAAAGUAAGUAGUUUUCAAGUUAUUUACGUUUAAAGAUAAUGGAUUCCAUAAGACUAUGUACUUUAACCUACAUUCAAUAAUAUGUGUUUAAAAUACAUAAUCUUCUUGAAUCCAUUAUAUUAAAACGCAAAUAACUUGAAAACUACUUACUCUAUCGCAUUGAGACAACGGAUGAUAUUUACGUAGAAAGUAACGAAGAAUCAAAAAAACAUGCUGAAAUGAUUAUUACGAGAGUGGCGUAGAUUGUAAGGGGGGAAAGGGGCGAAAAGGAAGUAUACAGGGUGAGUCAUAACUAUAGGGACAUAGACUAAGGACAGGUUAUUUGGACCAAAAUAUGGCUAUUGGGCCAAAUAUGCCUUAAUAAAAUGUUGCUGAGAAAAAAGAUACAGGGUGUUAAAGUUAAUUUUUGUUUUUCGUUUUUUGCUAAUAGUUUCCCUGUAUAUUUAUAAAUUGCUAUCAAAAUUGGCACAGAGGCAUAAUCUUAGACAAGAAAUAGUAUUUUAUCUACAAUUUUACGUUUUGUCAUAGAGGGCGCCACGUGGAUCAUUCCCGAUGAUCAAAUUGAGUCUAAACUUUUUCUGAUGAAACUUUUUAGUAAUUUUUAUUAGAAAAUAUGACGUAAACAUCAUUUUUACGUAAAAUUGGUACUCUUGUUUAAACAUGAUAAUUUCAACCGUUUUCGAUAAAACCGCAGUCGAACUGCUUAGAGUCUUAAAAAGGAUUUCAAAUAUUAUUUCAUUUAUGAAAAGUAUGCUUUGGAAUGUCACAUAAUUGUUGUUGGUAAAUGUCAUUUGUUCAGAGUAAAUUAUUUUUGAUAUAACAGUGUAGUGCAGUGUUGCAUUUUUUAAAAGUAAUCAUUACUUUUUUGAUUGAAAUGCCUCGUCACAAUCAUUUCAGUUGCAACUUUGUUUAUUAGUUUGGUAUUUGAUAUCCCCUUCUGAGUUCCUGAAAUCUUCAAUUGCGUUUUUAUCGAAAACGGUUGAAAUUAUCAUGUUUAAACAAGAGUACCAAUUUUACGUAAAAAUUAUGUUUACGUCAUAUUUUCUAAUAAAAAUUACUAAAAAGUUUCAUCAGAAAAAGUUUAGACUCAAUUUGAUCAUCAGGAAUGAUCCACGUGGCGCCCUCUAUGACAAAACGUAAAAUUGUAAAUAAAAUACUAUUUCUUGUCUAAUAUUAUGCCUCUGUGCCAAUUUUGAUAGCAAUUUAUAAAUAUACAGGGAAACUAUUAGCAAAAAACGAAAAACAAAAAUUAACUUUAACACCCUGUAUCUUUUUUCUCAGCAACAUUUUAUUAAGGCAUAUUUGGCCCAAUAGCCAUAUUUUGGUCCAAAUAACCUGUCCUUAGUCUAUGUCCCUAUAGUUAUGACUCACCCUGUAUAUCCCUACAGCACGCCUCUGGUAACAGCGGAAAACUAUCUUUUAAGACUAGUUAAAGUACCCUAGCAUGUGUAAACUGUGUGUCAAGUUUGAAAAAAAUAUAUUAAAAGGUGCUUUAACCAUAGGCUAAAAUCAUUUUAGAACAUUUGUAAUAAAACACUGUGUAUCUCGGUAAGGAAGAAUAUUUUAUUUAAAUGUUUUGGGUUAAAUCUUCGUAUUUUGUGCUAAGAUUUUUCCAGUUACGAUAUGGACAAUUGUUAAUGAAACUCCCUGUAUAUUAUAUUCUCUUAUUAUUGUCAUACUAAUAUACAGUAAGUCAGCAGAAGAUUUCAUAAUGUUGUUCUGAAGCUAUUUCCUUGUGGCAUUUUUAUAAUUAACUAAUUUUAUUGGGAAAUAAGCCACAAUUAAAUUGAAAAAAUAAUUUUAUUAACGUUUCGACGCCCAAAUCGGAUGUCGUUGUCAAAAUACAGAAUAUUUUGUAUUUUGACAACGACAUCCGAUUUGGGCGUCGAAACGCUAAUAAAAUUAUUUUUUCAAUUUAAUUGUGGCUUAUUUCCCAUUAAAAAUAGUUAAUUAGAAUUUUUCAUAGAGUAGUAUUUUGUUAUUUUGAUUUGAUCCUAUAACCGCUCUACCCAUUUUCUGAAUAAAAAUACAGAAGAUCAUCUGACUAAAAUAGGAAAUUUUUGUAAGGCCGUUCUGUACGCUAGUGAUUUAAAAAAUUAAAAUUCUGUGAUAAAUUUGAACAACGGUCUAGUCAUAUAUUAUUAAAUUCUUUUCCCCUUAUGGUUCCACAAUUUCAAAAUAUUCGAAAUUUUUUAUUAUUCGACUGUUAUAGAAGGGUUUGUGUUCGGCAUAUGUCGAGCAUCGGCUAGAAGCAACCGUAAACAAAAAUUGAAUAAAAAAAAUGCCUGUGUAAUUUUUGUAUUUAAAGCAAAUAGCCUCUAGGUCAAAAUACUUUUAUGUACAGACAUUUUUAUGUACUUUGAAUAACAUAAUUAGGUGUAAACAAUCAGUAAAACGGUACCUAUCCUUAAAAAUAUCUUCCCAGAUUAGGUUACGUUUUGGCACAUGUAAGAAGAAGGCGAUAUUUUAUAUGUAAAAUUUCUAGUGUUUUAAAAAAAGUUUUAUUUGUGAUAUAGGCACACGAAAAUAGAAAAUUAUUAUUUUUAAUAACAAAAUAAUAAUAGGUCGGAGUGCAGAAUCGUUGAUAACUAUCUGUUGCCUGAGCUUUUUACAAAUUUAUAAAGACACAGGCCGAUAAAUAGCGGACAUGGGAAAAUCUACAAUAUACAUCCAUCACCCCUAAUAACACCAAACAUUCCAUGUAUAUUCCUAGAAUGUACACACAGGACAUUGAAAACAUUCCUGGAAUGUCCUCAAAAGCACAAGAAUGUCCCCUUAAUAUCCCAGGAAAGUCCUCUGUCAGCAUUUUAAACAUUCCUUGAAUGUCUUGUUGGAACAUUUCAUGAAUGUCUACGAAUGUUCUUUGGACAUUCACAGUAUAUUUUUUAGACAUUCCCUGGAUAUAGUCGCUGAUGUGACAUAAUACCUCCGAUUUGUUUUUUCAUGAGUUUAGUAAGAGAGGCUAAAAACUUUUUUUACAGUCGCCUUCUAUUUUUAUAUGAUAUUUUUUGACAUGUUUUGUAGUAAAUUCAACUAUCUAUUUAAUACAAAACAUGUCAAAAUUUACACGUGAAAACAGGAGAUGACCUUAAAAUGGUUUUUCGUCUCAUACUAAAUUCAUGAAAAAGCAGAUAGGAGGUAUUGUCACAUCACCGACGAUAUACUAGAAGUAUAUGUGGCCAUACAAAAUAAUACAUCCUUGAUAAAUAUAAACAUUUUUAUUGCACAAAAUCUUGUCAUAUAUUUUUUCCCAUAUUCAUCACUACGCUGUAUUGUAUUCAUUGUAUUAAAUUGUACAUUACAAUUACAAUCUGGUCAUAACUGACCAAUGAGCAAUUUUCAUUUAACCUAAAUUACUACUGUUCCUUAAAAUGAAGAGCUUACCUCAUAGUGUCUCUUAUCUAAUCUAACAAGAUCGUGCACUAUUUUAACAUACACAGGCACACAAGCAUUAUGCUCUGCUUUUCACUGUCACCUACCACUCAUACUAGUUCAAAAGGCUUUGUCCUCUUCAAUCUUCUAGUUUGCCCAGUGGUAUCGAGGAGCUGAAUUUCCUCAAUAUUCUUGUACUUAUGUGAAGUUGUUGCUGGUGACUUCCAACUUUAAAAACAAAUCCAGCUGUAAAAGAUUUAUGUGCCUGAAGGCUUUUGUAUGCUUUCAUCUACUGCUUAGAGUAGUAACUGUGAGACUCAACACUAAUAAGUAUAAAUAUUAUGAUAUUUAUCUAACCAGAUAUGUAUAAAUAUCUAUAAUAGUAAUUUGGUGGAAUGCACUUUACUGUAAUAUCCAAUUGUGACUGAAUUGUAUAUGGAUCUAAAUCCCCAAUUAUUUUCAGCUUCUAUAAAUAUUUAAAACAAUAAAAGAAAUAAUGUUAUUGCUUGCAAAAUUCAUCAUUAUUGAUAAAUAUCAGGGAAAAAUGAACAGUAAAUAAAAAUUGUUUCCCCUACCUUUCUCCAACAUCUGAAGUUUCCAAUAAUAAUUUCCUUAAAUAAUCAUUUUGCAUUGUGGUAAAGUUUAUAAAGUUCACAAAAAAAAACAGCAAACGAAAUCAAAAUGAAUCCAAAAUAGACAAAAUACGACGAUAGACAAUGAACAUAACCUCUGUAACUUUGUAUGCCAAUGCCAACCAGAAGUCACGUGGUUUGGAUGGCCCAAUACCAAAUACAUAGAUACACGCGCGGCAAAUUUGAAAAUGAACGCAAAUUGAAUAGUAAAUGGUCUCUCUUAAAAUGUAGGACAUUGGUAGUAUGUUCAUAGAAUGUCUUGAGGUAACAUUCCACCAAUAAUUUAAUCAGAUGUUCACCGAACGUUCCUUGAAUGUCCAGGACAUUCAAACAUUAAUAGAACUUUGAUAGUACAUUCCUGGAAUGUUUUGUGUUGAUAGGGACCUGCCCGCUUGUAGAUGGAAGUAUACUGUAGAUUCUCCUAUGUCCGCUAUUUAUCGGCAUGUAUCUUUAUAAAUUUGUAAAAAGCCCAGGCAACAGAUAGUUACCAAGGAUUCUGCACUCAGACCUAUAGAGAAUUUUCUAUGUCUCUAGAUAGAUGUCGCUAACACGCCCGCACGCAUUUAAUAUUUUAUUAAUAUGCAUACUUCGACAGUUCGGAUUCAGUUCGCUUUGGGAUACACCACAGGCGGCUCUGAAGACGCUGAAAAGCAGAAACCUUGGUCAGCCGAUGGUGGUGGUCCCCAAUCGAAUUUAAUCUAAAGCUAUCGUUCCUCAAAAUAAUAAUAGACAUACAAUUCUGUGCAUUCUGUCAAAUAGAUCUGUGUGUUAUAGACUUUAUAACAAUUUUUGCCGUUGUCGUGGGGUUACCAACUUCAUUUAUUGUUCCAGAAAAUCUCAUUUUUAAAUUUUAUUUCAGUUUUAAUAUACAAUAUUUACUAUUUUCGUUUGCCUAUAUACUAGAUGCGUCAAUUUUUGUAAGGACCUAACAAUUAGUAUAGAAUUGUCUAAAGUAUUUUUACGUUUUUGUAAGAACACACGAAAAAUUAUAGUUUGACACCAAAAUGACUAAGAAUAUUUUUAGAAAUAAUAGGAUUGCACACAUUUAAAAACUGAUAUCAGAGUUAUUUGCGCCUUUGUAAUUUAUAAUGAAACUUUGACGAGCUUGUAAUGUCUCCUAAUUUAAUGUUUUGCUCGUUUUUUAUAAGAACAAAUCACGAUUACACAUCAGUGUCAUCUUUUUUUAGUGAUUCCAGUGAGACAAUUUUCCAGUGUUUUCAUUUUCCAGUGUUUUCCUGUUUGCUCUAAACGCAAUGCUCUGUGUAGUGUGUUGAGUAAAUGUCUUAUUACUAAGUAAAGCCGGAUAGAUUCUAACUUAAUCAUACUUUACGUAACCAAACUUGGUUUUUUUUUGUAAGCAUUUAUUAACAAUCAGAUUGAUAACAAGUACAAUAACUUACAUCAACUAUAGUAUUGUACACUAAUAUGGCGUUGAGGUACAUAAAUCACCCAGCGGUACCUCCCUUUCAGCGAAUAUCUAUGGGCCAUAAUCUUCGCAAUCUUCUGUUGUUCAGUGGCUGCAGUUGUGGUAAUAUUAAUUGGUUGGGGUGGCCUUCCAAUUUCUCGUGGUGUCUGUUGGCUAUAUCUUUAACUACUGUGCUGACUAACGGGAUGUUUAGGUCUCUAUAAACGGUUUGGUUGGAAAUGUACCACGGGGCAUUUGCGAUGAUGCGUAGAAUUUUUGAUUGGGUUCUUUGGAUAAUUUUUGUAUUUGAUUUGCUGGCACAACUCCAUAGUUGUAUACCGUAAGUCCAUAUAGGUUUGAUGACUGUUUUAUAAAUGAGCAGUUUGUUCUCAAUUGAGAGUCGAGAUUUUCGACCUAUAAACCAAUUAAUUUCUUUCACUCUCAACUCAGUUUGUUUCUUCUUCUUUAAAAUGUGUUGUUUCCAGUUUAAUUUAGAAUCAAGAUGAAGCCCCAGGUAUUUGACGAUAUUCUGUUGGGGUAUGUUGACUUGAUUAAUUCUAAUAUUUGGCUAUUGGUCUUUCCUUAGUGUGACAGUUAUAUGUGUUGACUUAGUUUCAUUAGCUUUUAUCUUCCAUUUCUUUAACCACUGUCCAAUUUGGUCUAGGUGUUCUUGAAGUUUUAAUACUGCAAUGUUGGAUCCUCUUCAGUUGCAAAUAUUGCUGUGUCAUCAGCGAAAGUUCCAACGGUGGUUUGUGGAGAGGUUGGUAAAUCGGAUGUGUACAGUACAUAAAGAAGUGGACCCAGUGAACUACCUUGUGGGACUCCUGAUUGAAUUUUGUUAUGGUUUGAUAGAGUUUCAAAUUCUCCGUGAUUUAGAUAUGAUUUUAAUAAAUCAAAGUUGGGUAAAGAUUUUUUGAUUUUAUAAAGUAAUCCUGGGUGCCAUACCUUAUCAAAUGCUUGGCUGAUGUCCAGAAAGGCUGCUGUAAAACUUAGUUUGUAGUUAACGUAAUAAAAUCUUAACAAACAUUCACCUAAUCUAGCUCCCUCUUCUCUUACCACGAACCUUAGCUUUUUUAUGGAUAAAUCUAGUAUUAUUAUCGAUAUCUCGAAACCUUUUUUAUUAUUGAGGUUGAAAGGUUCUAACCGACUAGGGAAGAUGUAACUAUACUAAAAUCACAAUCAAGAUGCACUAGAAGUAAACAAACUAAGACACGUUAACUGUUAUAAGGAACUCUUGAAUCAUGAUUUACAAUGUAUAAACUCUGUAAAUCAUCAUUUGGGAUUUACAAUGUAUAUACAUUGUAAAUCAUGAUUUAGGAGGGCUCCUUGUAACAGUUAAUGUGUCUUGGUUUGUUUACUCCUAGUGCAUCCUGAUUGUGAUUGUAGUAUAGCACUGUUGCAUUCGAUUCGGAAAGAAACACAUGCAAGAAGAUAACAUCCAAGGUAUGGAUUAUAGGGCUUUUCAUUCACAGUCAUUUGUUUCGAGCUUCUGUCAUGUAUCACAUAAUAUUAAUAUAUCUACGUCAUACGUUAUUGGUAUAUACCUUGACACAAACCAAAGACGUAUGACGUGGAUAUAUUAAUAUUACGUGACACAUGACAGAAGCUCGAAACAAAUGACAAUCGAUGAAAAGCCCUAUAUGCGCCGCAUGCAACCCUGAUCAGUUGCCUACCAACUGAAACCACCCAUUCUUCGGACAAGGCACCCUCUAACGAAUUUUAUCGGUGACUGCACAAAGCAUUGGGAUGCUUUGUGUAGUCUGAAAAUUUGAGAAAAAACUGGAAAAAGAUUUUUAAUUAAAAGAUAAAAACCACUUAAAAUAACAUACAAAGAGAUGAAUGGGAAACGUAUCCGUUACCUGUAGGGCAGUAGCAGAAGUAGUCCGGUACGCGUUGGCCACCUUAGUAGGGGAUUUUUUCGUGCUUUUGUAAGCAGUUCUUUAUGUUUAGGUUUAGCCAUUCUCAAAACUGUGUACCAUAUGGAGGUAAGAGAGUGGAUACUACAAACUGAAGGUACAUUCUUCUUUUGAGGGCAGUAGGACCGCGGAUGUUUGGCAUAAUUUUUAUGAAUUUCGCGGUUCUCUCUCAGUACAUAGGCUUUAUCCUUGUAUUACCUAUUACAAAAGUCAGAUUUGAACGGGCUCUUGGGCCUUUCAAGAUAAAGAAUAUCUGUUUUUUUCUGUUGCCAACUCUAGAUCUUAUUUUACCAUCCAACUGUUGACUUUUCUGAAGCUUCUGUUGACUAGCCUUUCUAAUUCCAAUAUAUCUCGAAGCCUAGAGCUAAAUUGAACAAAAAACAAACUUUGAAGUUUUUUUUUUAAAUUAAUUUUUAAAAAAUUACACAACUUUUUGAAAAAUGACAAAAGACUAUCAUUUGGACUGAGUUAAAAAUAUAAACGACUAUGGCACCUCGGACGAAUUUUCACUCGGCUAUUCCCACUGUCUUAAGCCGGGUACACAUAUGCGAGCCGAACUGUAUGCGAACGCUAUAUUCGCGUAAUUUGUACGGCAGGACGAACCGCUUACGAGCUGUUUCUUUUGUCACGAACCACGGUCUGUCGGUUUUUGGGAUGAACACAAAAGGAUUUUGCAGUUUAAAUUGGACGGCGUACACAGCGAUAUUGUCUCGUCAAAUCGAGAUUGUGUGAAUGACGUGUUCCUAGAGAUGAGAAACGUGAGAAACAUAAUGUAAUCAAUUUUUAUUUUAGCGCUCGUUCACAUACAAGCGCUUACGCCGCGGUUUACCUGAAAAACCCAAACGCCGCGGUUUACCUGAAAAACCCAAACGCCGCGGUUCAAGUUAACAUAGAAGUAAGUGCAACCGCUCAACAUGCGUACACAUGCAACCGCUCAACGUCGUCAAACCGCGGUGGUUGUAAGUUAAUAGGGGAGGAAUGUUCCCUCAUAUGUACGAGCGCUUAUACACUCAUGUGCAAAAAAAUCGAUUCACUUAAAAAUUUGGUUAUUUUUGAUGCUCGAAUUUUCUAAACGUGUUGUCCGAUUUAAGUGAUUUUUUACCAUGUUAUAGCCUUAUUCAUUAACAAUAUCGCUGUAAUAAUAUUGUUGCCAGACAGGUAAACUGUCAUUGUAUACUGGGUGUACGAAUCAAACUGUGUUUUUUUUAUCGUUUAUAAAAUACUGAAAUUACAACUUAACUAUAGCCUCAAAAUUUCUUAACAUUCUGUUUUUAGAUUCAUUCGCUUAUGUUGGAUAAUAGGAAAGUUAGGUAUUUUAACAACAUGCCAUGUUCGUCAUCAGUACAGGGUGUUUCUAAAUAAGUGCGACAAACUUUAAGGGGAAUUUUACAUGAGAAAAUAAUGACAGUUUGCUUUAUAAUCAUAUGUCCGCAAAUGCUUCGUUUCCGAAAUACGGGAUGUUAAAUUUUUUUUAAUUUUAAUUUCAGUAUUUUAUAAAUGCUAGAAUAAUCCACAGAGUGAUGCCAACUUUGAGGAAAAACACAGUUUGAUUCGUACACCCAGUAUACAUUGACAGUUUACCUGUCUAGCAACAAUAUUAUCACAGCGAUAUUGUUAAUGAAUAAGGCUAUACCAUGGUAAAAAAAUCACUUAAAUCGGACAACGGGUUUAGGUAAUUCGUGACAUCAAAUUGACCAAAUUUUUUAGUGAAUCGAUUAUUUUGCACCCGAGUGUAAUUGAUAAACAAAUAAUAACUGUCUUUAAUUACAUUUAGAAGGUGACUUUGAGAUAAAAUUUAUUAAAAAAUUCAUCAAUAAAAUCUUUUACAUUAAACUUCGCACAAUUUGGUUCGUAGUUAGUUCGUCGCUUUCCAUGGAUCGUGGUGAGUUUGCGAUGAGUUCGCUGUAAAUAUAUUUUCAACGAACUGUAUGCGAAUAGUUCGCAAACAGUUCGGCUCGCAUAUGCUCCUGCUUUACCGAGACGAUAAAAUUAAAUUUUGAUUUAGUUAUGAAAUUUAAGUUUUUUAUUCUCUAAAUUUUGUUAAAUAUUUAGGUGCAAGGACAAACCUUAUGGGAUAUCAGUUUUUAAUGUGUUUAAUUUAAAUUAAUUUUUAAUUGACGUUCCGUUUUAAGUGUGUCUCAUUUAUAGCGUGUAAAUAACAAAUAUGGAUGCCAUUCUUUUAAAAAUUUGAUAAGUUUUGACUGUAUUAGUUCAUUACAAACAGUGGAUAAACAAUGAUAGGAAUAUUGUAACAUGUGGCGGCAAACAGGAGAAGAGUAUCUUAUUUAUAGUAUUGUUUUUUUGAAAAAAAAAAAUGCGUUGUUUUAUCAUAUCUCGGAAAAUAGUAGACUACUUCAAAAUGAUUUAGCUAAGAAAUAAAGAUAUUUUUCUGCUACUGCACUUGUCCCCACUUCUAGUAUUUUUCUACUGUCGCAUUGCUAUUGAAGCAAAUUUAGUUUCGGCAUGCAAUCAAGAAAUAAGUGUGAAUUUAAACCAACCAACCAAAGACAUUUUAUUAAAGUGAUUUUAAAUGAUAAGGUGCUACUUGUGAACUACUGUAUUUUUAAGUUUUAAUUGUUACCUAUAUUUUUAGUACGAUUGUCCUUAAAACUGUUUAGAAAUUUUUGUUUUAUGUUGAAUUUUGUAUUUGUUGCGUCGGAAACUUCUUCUAAAGAAGUGCCAUAUUUUCAUCAUUAUUAAAGUGAAUAUCUAGGGUGUAGCCUUGUAGUAACAAUAAAUCUGUAACAUUUUCAA